AUGCAAAGUGUCAGCAUUCUCCCAAUUCACAAAAAGAAUAAGGACCACUCAAACCCUGCUAACUAUAAACCUAUUGCCCUUAUGGACUCAGGACUUAAAAUAGCUACUAAAUUAAUCACCAAAAGAUUGAAGGAAGUGUUAAAGGGAAGAUUAUCAUUAGCUCAAUUUGGUGGUGAAGACGGCAGAAAAACUAUUCACAGAGUCCUUUCAAUUUACAAUAUGAUUGCUUGGGCAAAAAAGGACAAGAAACCUUUUUAUGGUUUGGCUGUUGACAUCAAAAAAGCUUAUGACUCAUUACCGAGAAUUAUGCUUCGUGAUGGACUGCUAUUCUUAGGGAUUGAUGAAAUUACUGCUGAUGGAAUUCUGGAAAUAUUAGGUGAAUCUACGACAAAGUUUGUUAUACCUAAUGGUAAAUCUGAAUGUUUCAAUGUGAAAGAUGGAUUGAAACAAGGCGACACCUUCUCUCCCCUUGCAUUCAAAAUUGCGCUUGAGCCUCUCUUACAAUUUUUAGAAAUAACAUAUAAUGGUGCUAGUGUUGCAAAUUAUUGGAACAUUAGUACAGGCGCAUGGAUUGAUGAUUUGAACUCAUUUUCCAACGAACUACCUGAAAUUGAAAAUUCUUUGCAUGACAUUGAAACCUAUCUUCAUGGCUAUCACAUGGAAUUAGAUCAUUCCAAAACUAACCUCUUCUCUGAUAAGGAAUGUAGUAUCAAGACAUUAUCUGGAAGUACGAUCAAAAGUAAUGAUUCUAUUAUUAUACUUGGUAAUAAUAUUACCAAUAAUACUGAGGAACAAAAGAAAUACACUACUUCAAUUAUUGAAGAAGUUAAAAGAAGAACUAACUCUAUUGGCUGGAAUUUUCCAAUACAGAACAUUGUCAAAAUUAUCAACACAGACAUUGUUCCGUAUGCACUGUACCACCUAAUUCCUCUUGCUAAUGACCAUCUAGAGAAACAAAUUGAUAAAUUCUUUCGCAACUUUAUAUGUGAAAGAUUAAGAACCAAGAGAAAAUUAGCUCUCGAGUGGUUUUAUACUCAUCAAGACAAAGGUGGACUUGGAUUAAUUUCUGUUCAAGAAAUGAGUUACUCGGACCUAAUGUGUAAAGUCAGAAAGUUCCUUGAACAAUAUGAUAUUUGUCUUGGAUCUUCUACAAGAUUCCUUUGUGAACGAAUCAAACAGGAGCAUGGUUUUGACAUCCUCAAUGAUCCAAUCCCUACUUGGUAUAAACCAGACCCAUGGAUUCCUCAAUAUCUCAAGAGAAUAAUUUUCAUGAACAAAUCUUCCAAUAUUAGAUUGUGGCAUUCGAGUGACCAAUGGCAUGAAAAAACUCUCAUCCCUUAUGGAAAAUUCCCUAAAGGUUUAAGACAAUUCCUGCUCUAUAAAGAUUGGAACAGAUUAAGUAUGUGGGUUCCUGACCCUAAAAAUUUACAAGUGAAAUUACAUAAUGACAUCAAACAUUCCAAUCAUGUCACCCAAAUUCGCAACAUUCUCAAUAGCAUGGAUUUUGGAAAAAUCAAAGACGAAAGCAAAUACUACAAAUAUGUUGGUAACAACACAUCCAUGUCAAACCUCUUGAACAAAGCUACACUAAUUGGUACUGACGGAUCGUGUAACAAUAAUAUUGCUGGAUAUGGUAUUGUAACUGAUCAGAAUGUUUCCAUCUCAAGUCACACCUUAGGACAAGGAACUUCCUACAACAGUGAAGUUCAAGCGCUCCACACAGUUGUUAGAUUGCUAGAUAACAACACUCCUAGAACAAUAGUUAUAGAUGCGAAAAGUAUUUAUGACCAACUUUUCCAAUUCAGAAAAUCUAGAGAUCCUUAUGUUGAAGAAAUUCGUAAUUAUUUAAAAGUGAAGGAUCAGAUCAAAAUUAUGCAUGUUAAUAGUCAUACAGGUAAACAAGAUAUCUAUAGCCGCAUAAAUGAAUUAGCAGAUAGGGCUGCUAAGAAAGGUGCUGAUUGUAACAAAAUUCUUACUAAUAUUCCAUCCAAUAAUUGUGAUAUAAGAAAAGAAAUGUUUAGGAAUUUAUAUAAUAUCUCAAUAUAUGCAAAGAAUAACAAGAAGUUCUCCAAACGACUAUUGUACCUCAUCAAGACUAAACAAGAUAUCCAUAGCCUAACAGGUGCUAAAGUUGGAUUGGGUAAGAAAUGGGACAAAGUAUUUACUAAGGAAGCUUAUCGAUCUAUUACUAAAAUGUGGAUGAAACGAAAUCAUUUUUUCAUGGAAGAAUUGAAACUCACCUGGAAUGAAUUUGAACAACAAUACGAUUUUAAUCCCAAUUUCAUUGAUUUGAACAAGUUUAAACUAUACAUGAAAUACCCACGACCAUGA